AUGGGACAGAUCUGCUCGCCAAACUCUUCUCAUAAGGUUGCACCUGAUGUUCAUCAUCAGGAUGCCUACCAUGCCGAUGAUGAAAGCUUUUCCGAGGUUAGUGAUACCUCAAAACUGAACAGUACAAAUACAUCCUCCAUACCACCGAAUAUGCUAGGUCUAACAAGUACAACACCAUCGUUUAAUACUAGGUAUUUACAAUCCUUCUCAAAUUCUGCAAUUCCAGAUCGGUGGAAGAAUGCCACCAUCAUCAAUUUACAACAAUAUCUUAAUGAACGCCCAUCAAACAAGGAUCUGGACAACAUACUUGUAUUAAUCACGUCGGAGCAAUUGAGAUUUCUGCAGCUUCUUCAACAACGAGGAUUGCCAAUGGAAAUCGGUGUUCAAACAGAAACGACAGAGCUCAGACGAUUUUGGUCACAAAACACUAUACAGCAAGCAAGCUCAUUCUCUCUAACGAAAGAUGAUCUUGCAAUAGGAAAAAGAAUUGAGGGAGAUGAUUCCUCUUCUAAUGAGGAAGAUUACAAUAUUCAGGUCCGUUCUUCGUCAAGAUCGAUAAAUCACUCCGGCUCUAGAAAACUUCGUCGAAAAAGAUCAAACGAAGCGAAAAUGGUUCGAAGUUUAGACUCGGAAAUUAAUGAACCGAAAGAGGACGUUAAGGAUGCACACAAAGCUUCAAAAAGAUCACUUAUUAUGGCCGAGUCAAAACGAUCGUUGCUUUCAGAAAAAACGUUGCUGGAAACGAAAGAAGUUUCUGACGACGAAGAUAAGAACGAAUCUGAAAAAGAGGCGGAAAAGGAUGUUGCAAAACAAGAAUUAGAAAAGUCGUUGAAUCUAGGACACAAUGGUGCACUAAGUCCAACAUCUGAUUCAGACGGCUCUGGAAGAUCUGGAAGCUCCGAAGGAUCUUCUGGCUCGCCCAAAACAAGAGAGGUUCACUUCACAAAGACUGUUUCUACAGGUUAUGACAAGGAUGGAAAAAAGUUUGUCAACGAAUAUAUCGUCAUAAAGAAGAUUGGAAAAGGCAUGCACGGAAAGGUCAAGCUUUGUAGAAGAAGUGACAACAACGAGCUUGUUGCCAUGAAAAUAAUCAACAAGUCAUGUUUCAAAGAUGCCAAAAAAAAGGACCGGCUAGGACGACCAAUGAAAAGCGGAGACGAUUUAAUUUCUCUCAUGAAAGAGGUUGCCAUUUUGAAAAAAGUGUCUCAUCCUAAUGUGGUAGAACUGUAUGAAGUUAUUGACGAUCCAAAAACAGAUAAGCUUUUCCUUGUUUUCGAAUAUAUUGAACGAGGGUGUCUGAUGAAACUUCUUUCGUUUGAAAAAACAGAUAGAGAACCAUUUUCUGAAAAUGCUUGCAGAAAGUAUUUCAGAGACUUAAUCUGCGGGCUUGAAUACUUGCAUGAAAAUAAGAUUGUACAUAGAGACAUCAAGCCAGAAAAUAUUUUGAUUACAAAUGAAGAUAGACUUAAAAUUACAGAUUUUGGAGUAAGCACAAUCCUUGAAGGAGACAACGUAAUGUUUAACACAGCACCCGGAACACCUGCGUUUCUUUCUCCCGAGGCAUGUAAUGUUGGAUCAUACAAUGGCUAUGCAUCAGAUAUUUGGGCUUCUGGCGUGACACUGUUUGUUCUUGCGUUCGGAAAGCUACCGUUUAUUGGAUGUAAUAUAGUUGGAAUGUAUAAUUCCAUUAUGAACGACGAGCCAGAUAUUCCAGAAGAGGCAAGCCCAAAUCUAAAACACCUAUUGACAAGACUGUUUUGUAAAGAGUGGCAAAAAAGAAUAACUAUUAAGGAAAUUAAGGAACAUCCUUGGAUCACUAUGGAUGGAACAUGGCCAUUGGAGACUCAAGUGGACAAGAUUGUGCAAUCAACUGAACAAGAAAUUGCAACAGCUAUUACACUUGGUCGAGAGAUGAAGGUCAUGGACAGAAUGGUGUUGCUUUCAAAGCUGAAAAACAGGUUUAGCAAGAAGGCCAGCAAAGCAAGAGACAAAAUAAGGCAGAAAAGAAAUGAAUCACAAAGUACCUUUGAUCAUUUGUCAGAAUAA